CGUAUACAGUCAUACAUGUUGUUGUUAACCCUAACAUGACGUGGAUGACUAUCAUAAUGCUUAUGGUAAACAGUUUUGGAAUUUACUACAGCGAAGGUGCAGAUUCCAAACACUACAUUUCCAAAAACAUAACUUUACAUCAAUCCCAGGAAGCAUCUAUUAAAUCCCCUGGGUAUUCCAAAAAGCAUUACGAGAAAGACACAGUCUACAUUUGGACCGUGACGGCCCCGGGAACCACGGAGGAGAUCACUAUCCAUAUAUUAGAUCUGGAUUUGCCAUACACUCCAGGAUUCCCUUGUGGCGACUAUUUGAAGAUACAAGACAGAGAUGAAGACAACUUCGCAAUAUUCAAGCAAUGUGGGAAAUUAAGGCAAAAAACUGUUGUUACUACCGGAAACAAAUUGAAGAUAACGCUCUUUUCUAAUUAUGACGAUAUUACAGGAAAAGGAUUUAAUCUAAAUUUGAGAGUCACUAAAACCAAGCAAACAACAACACAAACAACAACCAAAUGCAUUCCAACAACUACUCCAGUUCCCAUGACGUCACCAUCAUCGGUGAAGACUACAACUAAACGUUUAGUUACGAAAACAAAACGAACAACAGCACCACCAACACCUAAAGACAUUCCAACAACUACUCCAGUACUCGUGAUGUCAUCAACAUCGGUGCAGACUACAUCUAACCAUUUAGGAUAUUCUUCAUCAUCAACGACCAAGGGAUCACUGAAAACAAACGUGACAACUCUGACGACAUCAAUAACGACAACAGCAAUGAAAACAGCGACAGCAACGACGAAAACGUCGACGAUAUUACUGACGUUAACAUCAAAAACUACAAUACCGCCAAUGACAUCCACAAACACUCCAACAUUAUCGACAGCAAAUGCAGUCAAUACUAAUGCAUCGUCAAUACAAAAUUCAACAACGGUAAUCUCUACAACUGUUAGCACAUCAUUUUCUUCUGGAACAUUGACAUCAAGCCGUUCCACAGUGCAUUCAUCAGCCCAAUCAAUAACGAAUUAUACACCUAGUCAGUCUUUUACCCAUCUCCAAAUGAAUGGAACAACCAUCAUAUCCUCAUCAGCCGGAGGUUCAACAACGGCAGUUCAAGCUGAAAAUGUAACGAAGAUGACCCAAACGUCAACGGAGUUACCAUCUGAAACGACACCGACAUCAUUUUUCCAAGAAGAAACAUUGUUACUGGUUUUGGCGAUAGCAGUUGUGGAGAUGGCAGUGCUUGUCAUUGGUGUUUUAGCUGUGCGAAGACAAAGACAAAAACGAGUUACUAUAACCAGGAGACCCAUCGAAGGAAAUAAUCGUCCAGUCUCUAGAAAGACAAUUUAUAGCAUGCCGAAUGUGUACGACGUCAUCCCAUUCGAUGAAGUAGACGAUUCGGACGAGGAAAACCCAUAUAAAGAUCUCCAAGAUGGCGUUUAUGAUACGACAUUCAAACGACAAUCUCAUCUAUCCGGAAAACCGAAUCGCGAUGAUUCCAGAGGAAGUUACUUUUCUCAUUUUCUUCGAAAUUCCAAAAUUUUUGGGAGUUGGAAAUUGAAAGAAAAUCAGCCGAUGGAAAUGAAAACGUUUAGAGACUAACAAAAGCAAAGGAAAAGAUUUAAUUCAUUUGUUGUAGCAGAUAGAGCUCGGAAAGCUGAAGAGACAACACAGUAACCUAAUCAUUAACAAUGUAGACAAAACCAGACAUAAAAGAAACAUACGCAAUACGUGUGUCUUACCACGACAAGGCACUCUUACAGAUCGAAUUUCCUUUGUCUAAUUUUAGAGCGUUGAAGUUAUUAAAUAUGGGGUAUCCCGUUUUUGCUGACCAAAUUACCAUGAAUAAGCAAUCAUUCCGUUGUCUGCUGGUCUUCUGACGAAUUUCAAUGUGACGUUUAGGUUUUAAAACUCAUAUUUAGCCUAGUCUGUAUGCAUGAAAACAAAAUUACGCCAUUUUGGAGCUUACAACACAUCUGGACAAGGGAGGAUUUCAAUUUGUUACAUGCGCCCCCUUCGGCAGAAUUACUGGUUGUAUGUGAACAUGACAAGACAAAACCGGAACCAGUAUCCUUCAACCUAAAUAUGAUUAGUAUACCCUGGUGGUUACUUUUAUAUGACAUUCUAAGUUACCCUCCAUUCUUCUCUUUCAUUGCCUCUACUGUAAUUCAAAUUUCAUUUACAGUGCAUUAUGAAGAUUCGCAUCAGGUCCGUGUAUUUUGUUUCACUAAAGGAUCUGUUGAAUUGCUCUUGAAUAAUAAGCAUAUUGAAUAGCCAGUUAAUUACCAUGAACAUGUACUCUGUAGUAUGAAUACAUUAGUAGUUUUAUGUAGACCUGGCUUAUCCUUUGCAACAUGUAUUUUGUACAUAUUAAAAUGUCUUUACUUAUGUAAUGUAAAUAUUUCUCGUUUGUCAGGAGGAAGAGUCAGAUUUUCAAAACAACUUUAUAUCCUUUUUUCAAUUUAGUCCUUUUGAUAAAUAGAAGAAGACCGGACAGGAGAAGGAGAAAGAGAAGAGAUGUAUGAGACAGAGAGAGAAUGAGGUAGAUAGAGGGAGAUAAGAAAAAGGAGAGAGAGGGGGGUGAGAUGGAGGGUAAAACAAGAGAGACAGUACUAGUACAUGUAUCUAACACCUUCCGAUGUAUCUUUGUGUCGUAUCUGCAACAUAUAUAUCAAUUGUACAUGCAUCGUAAUGUACUAAUGUCUUGUUACUUCAGAAAUUCCAAAACAUUAAAUUAGAUGAAUACACGCAGUCUAGCUUGUAUAUUUUGAUAAUUGUAGUUCCUGUCCACGUCCCUGAAAUGUUUCCCUGUAAUGAUUGCUAGGUCUCCAUUAUACAGCCUCAGUAUUCCAUACUAUACAAUUAUUGACUUUAGGCAUCGGACAACCAAUAAGCGAUUAUCAAAUGAUCGGGAAUUCCAUAACAAUUUUCACAAUAUUUUUUGUUGUUCCUUCAACAAAUAAAACAUAUGUAUCAUGAUACACUAUAACAAUAUUUCAACAUACAAACCGACAUAUUGUAAUAGUAAUAAAAGGUAUUCAUGAUGUGUAAUGUUCUUGUAUAUAUUUUUAUUUUCAUGCUAAGUAUUCCCUAGAUUUAUUUUCCUUUACAUCUACAAGAGUUAUUUUCCCUGAUAGCGUGAAUUAGUUAUCUUUCUAUUCUAAAAGAGUUAAUGUUGUUUACUUCCUGUUUACUUGUUUUGGGUGUGACCCACACCACCGUUCACUCUGAGCUCCUUAGAUGUUCAUUCGUUUGCAGGCACACAUUGUAAGUACAUUGUGAUAUUUGUGCAUAUUUAUUGUUGUAUAUGUCAUUACAGUGUGUAUCAUUUGCUAUAAUUAAGAAUUUAGACUGUAUCAGUAAUUCUCUCAUUCACUCUUAAAAGUAUGGAAAACCUUUAUUGUCAGAAACUUUAUAUGUAUAAAAUUGUGUUAUAAAUACAGAUUUUGGGCUUAUAUUGUUACUUUUUGAUAGUUCUUCAGGUUUUAUUAUUAUAAUUACCAAUUUGUCAUGUUUUCAUUGUAUUCAAUUAUA